GACAAAUUACAAAUACACACGGACAAGAAUUGAUCAAAACGACUUGUUAUUUAGUGUUGGAGUCCGCUGUUUAGUGUAGUACCGUAGUUUUGAAACAUGUCGGAAGAGAGUAUUGUCUCGGACACGGGCAGUGACCUGAUCAUAGACGAUGAGGGGCCAGAGCGUCGCUGGGUCCGGUGCGAUUUGGCGUUUCACCGCUUUGUCGUGAAAAUCACAGAGUCGACCGCUUUCAAUGCUAUUAUCAUGUUCACCAUUGUGCUCAAUGCUAUUGCAAUGGCUCUGGAGACGGACUUCACUCUCAAGUCGAGGUUCCGCACAGCCUUCGCGAUCCUCGAUGAGUUUUUCCUCGGUAUCUACACUCUGGAGUUCUUGAUGAAGAUUUACGCUGAGCCGGUGCGCUAUUUCUACAGCAGCUAUAACUUGUUUGACCUUUUGGUGUUGCUGAUGUCAUACAUACAGGUUCUGCUUGUUCAAUUUACCGGAGGCCAGACUAACUUAAACGCACUUCGGACGUUGAGGGCUCUUCGAACGCUGCGGACACUUCGCACCGUUUCAUUUGUUCGCGGACUACAGGUUCUGGUGACGGCACUUUUGGAUACAAUUCGUAACUCAGUUCUCAAUGUGGUUCUGCUUCUGUUGCUCAUGAUGUUCCUCUUCGCCAUCAUGGGGUACUACUUCUUUGGUUGCUGGGAGGGCAGUGAUAAAGAACACUGGGGUGAUCUUGGCUCUGCAAUGCUCACCUUAUUCAGUUAUGUCACGGUGGAAGGAUGGACAGACCUUCAGGCAGAGCUGGACAAGCGUCACAUGACCGGAAGUCGCUACUACACCAUCGCCUUCAUAUUCCUCGGUCAUUUCAUAUUCACUAAUGUAUUCAUUGGAAUGAUCAUCAUGAAUAUUCAUGAGGCUACGGAGGCCUAUCGGCGCGAGCAGGAGCUAGAGAGAGAAGAGGUCGUCCAACGCAAGAAGGAAUAUAUGAUACAAAGACAGCACAAUGAGGUCCGACAGAUGCUUGAGAAACAGAAUCGUGGCCACUAUAAGAACUUCCAUGACAUGGUGAAAGAAUUUCAAAGUACGUUACGUCAUGAUGAUUACGUCGUCUCCGUUGACCUGGCCACCAACUUGACCUGGUUGGAGACGUACAUUACGUCAAUGGAGUACCAAGAUAACACAACGUACAGAAUACAGCAACUUCAUUUUGAGAUGUGUCACUUACUGGCCUCCGUACUUGAGAAAAAGCUAAAGGAACGCUAUGGAAUGUCCUGAUGACGUCAGAUUGGCAACCAGUGCCCUAAUUUUAUAGAGCUGCUUAGGCAUAAAAGGAGCUAGCACAAAUUGAUAAUGUGCUUUCCAGAAAAUGGUUGGCAGCCAAAACACGUGUCACAUGUACCAUCGGUCGCUGGUAUCCUGCUUAUAUUUGCUUAACAAUUAUUUUGAGUAAUUACCAACAGUUUCCAUUGCCUUUAAAUACAAAGAUACUACGUGGUGUACAAAAACUGAAGAUCAGUCAGUGCCCGUCUUGCGGAUAAAGACAGGGGACCUGUUUCGCUUGGCCCCAGCGGCCAGGGCCCAAUUUCAUAGA